GUUUUGAAUCUCGAGCUUUAGGUCAGUUUGAUACUUUUUUAAUCCGGUGGGACAUGCGGGUAUAGCAGCUGAUCAGAGGCAAUCAUUAAAGACAAGUGUUUGUUAGGAGAAACGACAACGACAAAAACACAUAUAACCGCAAGAGCAAUUGAAUUCUAGAUAAGUUUUAGGGGAGCAUUCACUCUGGGUCACCUCUAUUGUUGCGUUAACGCUGUUUCCCCUCCCUCUUCUGUUCCUCACAAAUCGGUUGAUUCUUGCAUCCAUAGUUUCCAUAGUUUAGCAUCUUAACUGUAGAUGCCAACUGAUAAUGAGCCGAUCAACAUUCAUGACCGAAUAAGAAGUGAGCUACAUUCUUUUUAUUUACCGCCAGAAAAUUGUCCAUACAUGUCGACGUAUUAUCUAUUCGUUUUGAAGCACAAACGGUUUGUUUGUUGUUCAGAAAUGCGAUACAUGAACUAACAAAACAGUGCAACGACAGGGAACUUAUUUUUUUCCACAGUGCUCACAGUUGAUUUGCGAUUAAGCUUCUUUGUUGUCUACGUGCAAAUUAUAUUAUACUACUUGUAAUGAUUAUAAACCCACGUUGGUCUUCCAAGACGGCGCUCUGUCUCUGUUUGGAAAAAAACCACUAGCUCACGCCAUGACGUGAUCACGUGGUUUGGAGCCUCAACCGCAGCUUCAAUUCUUUACCUCUCUCGGUCUCGCCCCGCUAUUCUGAGAACACGGCUUGAGACAUAAAUCAGCGCCCCAUAAAUAACGACCGUACUUCCCAUUACAUUUUCGUUGGACUAACAGACAAUAAAAACACCAAUAAGCAGAGAUUGAUCUAAUUUAUUGCCUCAUAAAAACAGACAGGGAACUUGGCUUGAGCUGCGCAAGCCGCCGCUGAAAGUUGAGACGAGCUGAGCCGCAAGCGGGUUUUCACAAGGCCGUUGCGUGUCACAGGAGCUCGGAGAGCUUCAACGCUGUUUUAUUAACGACCAUCACGCAGGCCGACAGCUUUUAAUAGAAUUACAAAUACCCAUCCGAUGUUAACUGUCAACGCUCAACCCAAUGUCGUUUUUAUGCAUGCAUCUAGAACAAGCGAUCAAAAUCGCAGGAUUAAUUUAAUUCGUACCAUACGUUGUGUUAUGCAAUAGCAGUUUAACAUACUGCGAGUCCGUAUCAUCAGGCCAUGUUCCAAAUAGAUCAUUUUACCUGAUCAGCUUACUAUUACCCUCAAAACAACGAAAUGUAAAUCUAAUAUAUUCUCAAAUUCAAUCUGCAGAUAAAUGUGUGCCUUCUACGGAUAUCCGAGUGAUUGUGGAUUGAGGAAAUCCAGCCUCUACUUUGCACCGCUUCGCUCAGUGGCCCUCACUCCCACGCACAUUUCUGCAUUUUUUUCUUUCUUUUGCACCCUCGGGGAUAAGGAGGCGAAGACAACUUCCAUGCAAACGAAAUGGGGGCUGUCGUCGGGGUCGGAAUGGAAUACGAGGAUAAAACAGAUGCAUGGUACUUUCGCAGUGAAUGUUCAUAAUAUAAGAAAAUGGGUAGCAUGGAUGGAAGGUUUGCAUCAAUGAUUUCAGGAAAGAAGAGGCAUGCGCCAGGGUCUUUGCAGUCAGAGAAAGAUUGAUCACCAACACCCACCCACCCGGGGCUCCUUUGGCCCUAUUGAAACAUCCCGUCCUAUUUAUGGAGUUCCCAAUUUUUCCAAACUGUCAUUAUUUUCGCCCAAUUUUCCAAUGACAUUAUGCCCCCGGCAAUCAACUCGGAAAGCUCAUGUUAAAAUUGUGUCUUUGUAUCACGAACAGCGACUUGUGCGUACCCCCCCCCCCCCCCCCCCAUCCCCGCCUUGCAGACCGACCUCGCUGUGAACUCCCUCUCCCUCCGUAAACACACCAACCAUUUUUAACACACACUUCACACUGAGGAAGGGGGUAGGGUAACCUCUGUCUCUCACUAUGGAUUGACGAGGGACACAAGAAGAUGGAUUUCAAAAAUCAAAACUCGGAUCUUUUUACGAAAAGUAAACAGUCGAUGAAGAGCAAGCACGACCCAUUUGCAAUUAAACAUUUCCCACCUUUUCUGCAUAAUUAAAUCUAGCCAUACUGCUGUCUGUGCAAAAAUGAAAUGUAAAAUAGUCCCCCAUAUAUCUAAAAUUCUCGGCGUCUGUCCCACAAAAAAACAAAAACAAAUAAUGAACCGAGUUUUGAAGUAGAUAGCAUUUUUGAAGGAGCCAUAAUGUAAACGGUGUUGGGGAUAUUCCAGAGUUGACCGUCAUCAGCCAUGGGGGAAAAACGAUGCUCUAUUGUUUCUGUCAUACGAGUUGAAAUCCACCGACAGUUCGCCUACACUGCCCACAUGGCUAACGGUAGCCUUCGGGCUUCUUCCUUUCCUCGAAACACCCCCCCCUGCGUGACGAAAACAAUGACAUUAUUUUGCGGUAUAGCCCCGUUUGCCACAUUUUGUACAUAAAUAAUUAUGCAGCUUCCCACAGUCUACGCCGCUGCCAGGCCUAGGCCUCUAAUUGGUUCUUUCGGAUCACGUGACCAGGAAUUGGCUGCAUUUUCACCCCAUAGUUCUUCAGUUUAGCCUACCCAGGUCCCCAUACGCUAGUAAUAUCACCAAUAUACACAAUUAUUAUAUUGCCACACGCAUUUACGCUAUCGCGGCCGGUGCUUCCGUGCUCGUGCUUUUUUAAUUUGUGGUAAAUUUUAAAACGUUUCAGGACUGUAGGGGUCUACAUGAAUGUGCGCGCGUGUGUGCGCGUGUGUGCGCGUGUUUUGCUUUUUAUUUUAGGGAAGGGAUUAUCAGGGGGUCUCAUCGUUAAACAGUGAUAUCCGUUUGAAGGAGCUAUGAAUUUUGAAUUUGAACGAGAGAUCGGUUUUAUAAACAGCCAACCGUCGCUAGCAGAGUGCCUGACGUCCUUCCCUGCCGUCCUGGAGUCAUUUCAAACUUCAUCAAUCAAGGAGUCGACAGUAAUUCCGCCUCCCUUCGAGAACACCAUCCCCAGCCUCAGCCCCUGCACAGCCAGCCAGCCAAGACCAUCUUCAAGGAACCAACAGAACCGGAGAAACUCUGUUACCAAUGGCCUCCAGACGAACCACCGACUCGGCCGCCAACAGCCCUGCACGCCCAGCCAGGCCCCCGCCCCGAACGCAUCGUCUGCCGCAGGAUCGCUGGCUCACGAAUUCCCCUGGAUGAAAGAGAAGAAGUCAUCCAAAAAAUGCCCGAAAAGUGGAGGCAGCUCGAGCAGUGGCGGAUCCAUCAUCCCAUCCGCCUCUUCGUCUCCUUCACCGACCGCCUCCGGGUACGCUUUGGCGGGCAUCGAAUCACCCACAGAUCCGAAUCAGGCGGGUCUGGAUGUCGGAGGAGCCGGGUCCCGUCGGCUCCGCACAGCCUACACGAACACGCAACUGCUCGAGCUGGAGAAGGAGUUUCAUUUUAACAAGUAUCUUUGCCGACCCAGAAGAGUGGAGAUUGCCGCCCUUUUGGAUUUGACCGAGCGGCAGGUUAAAGUUUGGUUCCAGAACCGGCGGAUGAAACACAAGCGGCAGACCACACACCACCGUGACGGCGGUGGUGAAGGGGGAGGAGGAAACCAAGAAUCCGGCGAACCGAGUUGUAUCGAGCCCCUCGAAGGCGCGGAUGCUUCAUCGCCAUACUCAAGCCAGCCGCUGGAAGCAUCUGGCACCGGGGAGUUAUCGGAUGGCGAGGCGGGGAGCAGUAAUCCAUCUUCGGCCGCUGCACCCACCGCCCACACCUUUGACAGCGGAGACAAUGCGCAUCCCACGCUGGAGGAGGGAGGCCUAUCGAGCCGCCCGGAGCUGCCAACCCUGUCGAAUGCGGCUGACUCCUGUGACUCUGCUGCCAAAUACCAGUCCCCGGAGCAGUUCACCGCAAAACAUUCCAGCGAGAACACGAGCGUAAAGCAUUUGAACGAGACGAGCACAGUAUCAGUGUUGUCUGAUGCAGCAUUUUGCGAGCAGCCAGAUUCGUCCAUCCCCUCCUCCUCGUGCUCCUCGGAGCUCCCCGACCUGACGUUCUUUUCCGGGGACGCCUGCAUGUCACCCAGCCUUCAGAGUUCAUUGGACAGCCCGGUGGAUUUUUCGGAAGAGGACUUCGACUUGUUCACACGCACUCUGUGCACCAUGGACCUUCAGCAUCUCAACUUCUGAGAGUUUUGUUUAUAAAUGCCGCACAGAAAACGAGGGCUCUCGACAAGAACCGCAAUCCUUUGGAAAACAAACAAACA